GGCGGGGGGGCGGAGCGCGGAGCGAGGAACUACCAAGACUCUGAGACUUUAUAUAGAAUUUUGAGUUUAAAGAACUGAUGAACUAGCGAGUUGAUUCGUUGGAACAUUUUUUUGAGAUUGAAACGUUGAUUUUGAGGCUUUGUUGGUAACCUCGUUUGAUCAAUGACAGUGCAGUCUUCCUGGUUUAUUGUAUAUAGAAUAUAUAUAUAUAUAUAUAUAAACGCCGAGGCAAAAGAAAAUAAGGGCAUGAUUGUUUGAUAACUUCGUUAGUGAUCGCUUCAUUCCCUCCUCUCGCUCCUAAUUUGGGGAAAAUUAGGACUGCUCUAGAGUUUUAAACUACAUUAAUAUUUACAAACAGUGAUUUUACGAGCCGCUUUUCUUCAUGGCGUUCCAUAAAAACAGGGCAUGGGCUCGAUUCAGGGCUGGGUGCUGGGAUACAGUUUGGGCGGCAUUAUCUUCCAUCGGGCAACUUUGUGGUCGCUUAAGUUCGAUACGGACAGUAGAGUAGUUUUCGGGUGAAACGCUGUUUUCAGCCUUAACAUUUUCGGUCAGUUGAUGAGAUAAGUGAAUGCUUUGGAACCUUGGAAGGUGAAUCUUCAAAUGACUUUUUUGAAAAACGCCUUUGAAAUGCCUUUUUAAAAAUGCCUUUUAAAAAGCCUUUUAAAAAAUCAGAUGGCUUCUUGUUCUUAUGUUAUCAAGAGUUUAGGUUUUCUGUGGCAAAAUACAAAUGAGCUUCAUUUUAAGUAAACUCAUUUUGCGGGAUUUUGAGUUUAAUGAAUUAUUUUAAUUAGUUUUGCAUAAUCCAGUCAUGAUUGGGCUCUAAGAAAUUGUUGCAGAAACUUUUAUGAAAAGAAGGGAAAGGAACUAAAAUUGAUGCUAUGCUUGCUGUGAACCAGACAUGAUACUCAGUGCUUAACUGUAUCAUUUGGUCUUACACAGCUCUGUGAAGUAGAUAUUAUUCCAACUUCACGAGUUUAGAAAUUGAGGCACAGAGAGGUUAAAUACCUGCUUGAAGCAAAAUAGCAAAUUUUGCAAUUUGGAUAUGGAUUAAAGUAUUUUUAAAGUCCAGUUCUUUGCAUUAUGUCCUGGUGUUUAAAAUUUGUUUACCAGAAAUGGUUGCUAUAUCUGCAGUAGACAGGUGCAAUGUGAAUGAAAAUUACAUGUUUUGACCCUGAGUAUUUAUUGUCCGUGUGCUCCAUGACAAAUAGUUCUGUUGGGAGGAUGUUAUGAAUACCCAAAUAAUGAAAUAACAGUUGCGAACAGUGGGUGCCUUUGCUAUGCCGGUCGUGAUGGUGAGCACUUGACGUGUAUUAAUUCAUUUAAUCCUCAUAACUCCGUGUGAGGUCCGUACUAUUAUCGCCAUUUUACAGAUUUAAAAAAGAAAAAAAAAAAAAACCACAGGGAAGUCACGUAACUGAUAAGUGGAGGAGCUGGGAUCUAAAACCGAGGUAUUCUGGCCCCAAGCCUAAGGUCUUUAGGCUGUUUGAUGUUUCCUUUUCUGUAACGAUGACCUCAAAAGCAUCACUGUGUGAGUGUUCUGGUACUUUGAGGAAAGCAGUGUCACUUUCGGAUGGGAUGACUUAGCACCUUUUGCUUUGUGGAGAUGGAACUGGAGUUGAGCUUUGACGUUGAAUAGGUUCUCCUAGGUGGAGAACCAGCAGGGUAUUGUGGGUAGAGGUCAUGACAGGAGUGAGAGGUUCAAAGAGUGCAACAUUGGUGAUUUAUAAAUGUGCCACAGAGGUAUAAAUAUCUCGUGUCUAGUCGUGGAUUCAGUGACUGCUGCAUCUAUGUCUAACUACAGCCAAGUUUGGGCUGCAGUGUAAUUAUGCAGUAGAGAAUUGUCUGAUUUUAAGAGUCUAUAACGGUGGUGGCAAACUUUGUCUAUAAAAGGCCAGAAAGUAAAUAUUUUAGGCUAAGAACAAGGGGACAAGUGGUAAAAGGUGAUCUCACUUGAGGGUGUGGAGACUUCUGACUGUGUAAGGACCAUGUAGGCUAUUGUAGGAGUUCGGGUUUUAUUUUUGAUAAUGUUAGAGAAGGGAUUCCAGGUGGUUUUAAUAAUGAGUGAGUAAAGCCCAUUGAUUCUGGAGCCAAACUGCACCAGUUACUAGCUAUGAGACCUGGAUAAAUUAUUUAAACUUGCUUAGCCUCAAUUUUCUCUUAAGAAAAAUGGGGAUAAAAUAACAGAGCCUGCCCCACAAGGUUGUCAGGAAUACUAAUGAGUUAACAAUUGCUUAGAACCUUGCCUGGCACAGGGUCGGCUAUAAAAUCUGUUCGGUAUUACUAUCUGUACCUUGUGGUAUAUUCUAAAUUUUCUAUAGUAAAACAUAUGUAAUGAAAAAUUACACAUAUAAAGUAUCAAACAAAAUUGUUAGAAAUACCAUGAGAUUAUAGGAAAUACUAUCAGAGUGGGGAAAUUUGAAUUCAAUAUUCUUACUCCUUGAGAGUUGAAGUAGAGGUGCGAGACUGCUCCACAGUGUUCUUUGUCAGAUAUCUGUUAACUGGGGACUGCUUACGUAGGUCAUGGCCCAUCUGCAAGAUAGAAAACGAGAAACUUAUUAGAGUGACUACAGUAUAUCUAAAUGUAUUGGUUUGGGAAGACUUAUCCCACCAUUGAUUAUUUUUGCCUGUUUUUGAGCUUUAGAUCAAUGGAAUCAUAUAGUAUGUUCUCUUUUGUGUCUGACUUUUACUCACGUUUAUGGUUGUGAGAUUCUCCUCAUGUGUAGCAAGAGUUGGUUCGUUCUCAUUGCUCUGUAGGCUUCCUUUGUAUGAAAACACAACAGUUUCAUUAUUUAUUAUUAGUCUUAUAAUCAGAGUAAAACAAAUGGUUUAAAAAACAAAAAUUGAAGUUAUCCCUGAAAUUGGAGGUUUUGGGGGUUUUUUUUGAGAGAGAGAGCAUAAGUGGGGGGGGGAAGAAAGAGAAUUUUUUUUUUAAUUUUAAAGAUUUAGUUAUCUGAGGGAGAGGGCCAGACUGCACUAGCGUGGGGAGGGGCAACGGGCGAGAAGCGCAAGCAGACUCACAAAGCUGAGAUCAUGACCUGAACUGAAACCAAGGGUCCAACACUCAAUUGAGUGAGCCACCCAAGUGCCUCUCGGCGCCUUGCGAAAAGCAGUUAGGAAUUGUGCUCUCUUGUUCAUUUUUUCCAGCAUUUACUCUGUAGCCUUUCAGUUGUAAAGUAUUUACUUCACAAUUUAGAUUUUGUGCGUGAUCUUGAUCCUUAUAUCUAGCUGUGACAACAUAGCUCUUCAGUUUUUAAAGUUUUUAAAGGUUUAUUCUAAGUCACUACUGGAAGAGUUACUCUAAAAUUCAGCCAGGACUCCGGUUCAGUUCGAGUUGGCAUCUGGAGAACUUAUCCCUAUUAAGUUGAUGAUGGUAAUGUGUGAAGUAACUUUUUUAUGUCUUGCUUUUUAGGAGUAGGUGGUUUAGCAGCCCUGGGUGACCAGGGAAUUUCACAAAUAAACCCACCAGCAAGUUUAAACACAAGUAGGGCUCACUCGGAGGAGGUGGAAUGCUGCUGUUGCUCAAAAAAGAUGUCUAGCGGCUCCAGUGAAGCUGAUGUGAUAAGAACACGAAUACCUGCUUAUGAUGAUGAUAACACUGUUCUUUAUGCAUAUGAACCAAACACUGCAUAUGUCAAUAAUCAGGAAACUGUGAUGUCUGACACAUCCUACAAUGAAGAACAACAAAAAACUGUCACGGAUGUCCUCAAUCAUUGUCAGGUCAUCUAUGAUGCUAUUCAAAACCUGGAUAAGAAAUUUGAUGUCAUUCAUGGAAAAGUUUCAAAAAUCCACCGUUUUCGUGUGAAAUCACUGUGGCAGAAUCGCAAGCCACUUGGAUAUGCUUAUAAAAAUUAUAAUUACCUGCUUUCCAGAAAGAUCAGAUUGCAGAAAUUGAGGAAGAAGGAACCUCCUUCUUCAUUCUCUUACCCUGAAAGUUAUAGCCCAACUAUGCCGGUGGAAAGGCCCCCAGAUGAUUCCCCGAGCAAUCCUAUAGGAUCACCCUACCGUUCAGAGGAGGGGUCCCCAGAACGGGAUCCAGAGUCAUACCUCCCUGAGCAGGAGCCGAAUCUGAGCCAGAGUCCAACACUUCCCUCCAUGUAUUCUUCACAUUCAUACCAGCCAUAUUUCACACCUGAUGAUCCGAUUCAGGGCUCCUCUACCAUCGUGCCCUACUGUCCCAGCCCAGGGCCCAAUAGCAGCCACAUGUUCUCACCUACUCGAGCUUGUACAGUAGCACCUGGAUCCAUUCUGGGUCAAGGUGAGCCCAGUCCGACGCAUAACCCUGAGAUGAUGACUUAUCCAGCUCUAAUGGAAAAUAAGUGCCUCGGCCAUACUGCCUCAUCUCUUUGUAUCCCGCCCAACUUUGCUACAAGUUCACCAAUUGGAACUGACCCAGGUAUCCUAAAACAAAGCUUCUCGGAUGACCCUUCAACCUGGUCUGUGGAGGAAGUGAUCCAGUUUCUGAAACAAACAGAUCCUCAGACAUUCACAUUCGCCAUCGCUGACCUUUUCAGGCAACAUGACAUUGACGGAAAGGCUCUGCUACUACUAAAGAGUGACAUGAUGAUUAAGUACAUGGGGCUGAAGCUGGGGACAGCCCUGAAGUUGUGCCACUAUAUCGAUAGGCUUAAAGAAGAAAAAUUCUUUGUCAACUGAAAACAUGUUUGUGUCAAUUUAGCUCGAUCUUCAUUCAGGGGAGACCAGUGCCAUCUUGGUGUAAAAUCAUUUUUCUGCCCUUAGAAGUUUUUGUUGUGUAGAAGGUUCUUCUAAAACUAUGUUCUGUCCAGAAUUGCAGAACUCCAUUAUAGUCUGGUCUGCUCUUUGAGAAGCCAUCUAACAUGUGAGCAUUGGCGGUUUGUUAGAUUGGGAGUUUUUUCGUUAUAUCUUUUUAUUAUUUUUAUUGCAUAGUUUACAAUUGUACUUCACAAAGGAAACAGAAACACCUCUAAUUCCUGUUCAUCUUUAUCUAAGGAACCAAAACAGCUGAAUCCCAAAGAGAAAAUAUCAGGGCCUGAAAAGUUCUCUAGUAAAUCCAUGGAUUUUCCUUAGAAGAAAACUUAAAAGAUGCAACUAUAGAUAGCAUCUUUCUAAAAUCUUUUAUGUUUGUUACUGCAAGCCUCUGUUCAUGUUCUACCAGCUUCCCAAAAGGGAAAGCCAUAUAAAGUAUUUUCCUUUCUAUUAUUAUUUCUAUAUAUGUUGUAUUUGUUUCUAUUUAAAGAAAAAAAGGCAACCUUACAAGCUUUCUUAAAGUAUUUUUACCAAUUUUUAGAUAAAUUGUUAGAACGGUCAUUUUAUGCAAGAGAUACUUAGUUUACAACUUAACAUAUUUUACCUAAGCUUGGACAUUUCACUAGGCACUCAUUGCUCCCAUCUCUCUAUAAAGAUGCCUAUGUCCAAAUUUUUGAAAGAUACAUUUUUAUUGUCUGUGUUCAUAAUGAUACUGUUUCAUAUUUAUAUUUUAUUCUAUAUCUGAAGUAUACACAUAAGUAAGUCUUCUUUUUGAAUUUAAGGAUAGCACUUUGCACUUCACAGAGGUAAAGAUGAACUAUAUCCAGUGAGAUGUUUUUAUUCUGUUAAAAAUAUUCACAUCAUCUGCCAUCACUAGUACCUUUCAGCUGACUUCAGGGUUUCCAUACAGGGAAGCUCUCUGUCCUGUGCAAUGUUUCUAGUUCAUUUGCUUUCUGAGCCAUUUAUCCUACUAAACUUUGAAAAAUACAUUAGCUCUAAUUUGUCAUUUUGGACUUUAUUUUAAGAAUUAGAAAAUUAGAACAUUCAAGUGAAACCUGUUCAUUGUUUUAUUUAUUACCUUGUUAUAUUAUAUAACAUUUGAUAUAAUAUUUAUAAGCUGUGAGAAUUGGUGCUAAGUGUAUUAGCCAUUUGUUACAAAUGCCAAUAAAAUGUUCACCAGGGGCAAAAAUAUACAUCUUCCUUUUCAAAAACCAAGUGUGCUUUAUAAACAAAUGCAAUUCUUUACUGGGCAUAUGUGACUUAAAAGGUGCUUUUAUUUAUGUUACUCAUUUAUGUUGUUUCUUGUAAGACAAGAUUCUAUUUUUAAACUUGAUCUUCUCUCAAAUUGUGAGAAGAUGCUGUGCCCAGCUGAACAGUCCUCAGGUGUUUGUACGAAUACUAUGUUUUACAGUUUCAGAUUUUAAAAUAUAAUAAAGUUUUAAAACCACA